GCCCGCCCCCCCGAGUGACGGCGGCGGGCCCUCCUCUUCCUCCAGCGGUGCGGAGCCGGUAACUGGGCUGCGACCUGUCCGCUGGCCCCGCAACGCUGCCUGGAGCAUGGGGCGCGCAGGGGUACUGCUGGUGCUGGGGCUCCUCUGUCUGGGCACGGAGCUGGUGAGCGCGGGUGGGAAGAAGUCUUACAGUGGGCCCUGUGGGGGCCGUGAUUGCAGCGCUGGAUGCAAAUGUUUCCCAGAGAAGGGUGCGCGGGGUCGACCAGGACCGAUUGGCCUUCAAGGACCGAUAGGUGCACCUGGAUUUACUGGCCCAGAAGGUUUGCCAGGAGGAAAAGGUGAGAGAGGAGCAGUGGGCCCCCCUGGACCAGCUGGACAUAAAGGUGACAAGGGCCCAAUGGGAGUGCCAGGAUUUCAAGGCAUCAAUGGGAUCCCCGGUCACCCUGGGCAACCUGGACCUAGAGGUCUGCCCGGCCUUGAUGGCUGCAAUGGUACCACUGGGAGUCCUGGUGUUUCUGGAUCAGAUGGGUUUCCUGGCCUACCUGGGCUGCCUGGUCGCCCUGGCCCAAAAGGACUUAAAGGAGAACCUGUUUUUGCUCAAGGCAGCCUGAAAGGAAUGAAGGGAGAAAAUGGUCUUCCUGGAUUGGAUGGAAUUUCUGGUCCAAAAGGUUUUCCAGGUCCAAUAGGUUCUGCAGGCCCUAUAGGAUUACCAGGUUUGCAGGGUCCAGUGGGUCCCCCUGGGCCACCAGGUCCAAAAGGUAACAUGGGAUUAGGCUUUCAAGGAGAGAAAGGAGAAAAGGGUGAUGUAGGGCUGCCUGGCCCACCAGGUCCCCCACCAUCCACUGGAAUACUGGAAUUCAUGGGAUUUCCAAAAGGGAAGCAAGGAGAAAAGGGUGAGCCAGGCCCCCAAGGAUUCCCUGGAGAGAAAGGAUUGCCUGGCAUCCCGGGCUUUGGAGGUACUGGAGAAAAAGGAGAAAAAGGCGUGCCUGGCUUACCAGGUGGCAGGGGUCUUUUAGGACUGGAUGGAUCCGAUGGGAUUCCAGGGAGAAAGGGUCAUCCAGGUCUUCCAGGCUAUCCAGGACUGGAUGGAGUUGAAGGCAUGAAGGGUGAAUUAGGUGACACCGGUCCCCCAGGCCCUCCUAUUGUUAUUGACAGGGAAGGUUUAGUCAUUUCAGGUGCCCAGGGUGACCCUGGAAACCCAGGAAUACCUGGUCCUCCAGGAGAUGAAGGGAUCAGUGGAUUACCAGGCUUUCCAGGAGCUCCAGGGUUUCCAGGCUUGGAAAGAGAUGGAAUGGGUCCUGGAGGGUCUCCAGGAAUUCCAGGUGUGAAGGGUGAAGUGGGAGAACCAGGAAGAGCAACGAUUGGAUUACCAGGCACUCCUGGCAGAGGUGGUUUACCAGGUCUGCCGGGAGCACCAGGAUUGCCCGGAUCACCACGCCCUUCAUUCCCCCCUGACAUGAUCCUGGAUGGAAGGACUGGGGCCCCGGGGGAACCUGGACAAAGAGGGCUACCAGGAGCUUUGGGUCCAAAAGGGUAUAAAGGAGAGCCAGGUGAUUGUGCUUGUGAUGGAGGAGUUACAAGAACUGGUCUCAAAGGCAUCUCAGGUCCACCAGGUCCAUCAGGAAGCCCUGGUUUGCCAGGGGCUAAAGGCAUUGGUGGAGACCCAGGCAGUGUGGGUGCACCAGGACUGCGAGGCCCUCCGGCUUCAGCUGGUCAGCAAGGUCUUCCAGGCCUUAAGGGAGAAAAAGGGGACUCGACCUAUGCAACAGGCAGAGGUGCUCCUGGGGACCGCGGUGCAACAGCACCCAGAGGACCUUCAGGCAUCCCAGGAACUCCUGGCAGGGAUGGACUUCCAGGCUUGCCAGGCCCACCAGGCCCUCCAGGUGAUGGUGGGCUAGGUUUCCCAGGUGAAAAAGGACUGCCAGGAUUACCAGGCUCCAAGGGGCAUCGUGGAGAAAUUGGUUCUCCUGGUGUUGGAUAUCCAGGUGCCAGUGGACUCCGUGGGCCACCAGGUGACCCAGGGGUGGAUGGGCUUCCAGGACAAGCAGGUCUUCCAGGCCCUCCAGGUAUCACCUUGCCCUGCAUAGUUCCUGGAGCAUAUGGGCCCCCAGGGACUCCCGGCUUCCCAGGAUUGCCAGGUCCCAAAGGCAUCAAAGGCUUUCCUGGCAUUCCCGGCCAACCUGGAUUACAUGGGUCAAAAGGACAACCAGGGUCUCCAGGAAUAGUAGGCUUGCAAGGGGAACCUGGCUUCCCUGGGCCUCGAGGAGAGCAAGGCCCACAGGGACUUCCAGGGCUGGAUGGAACAGAUGGUUUCCCUGGGAAAAUGGGUGCUUCAGGCUUAGCUGGGACAAAAGGAGCUCCUGGAGAUGUGUUUGGUGCUGACAGUGGGGCCCUGGGAGAGCGUGGCCGACCUGGACACCCAGGUGACAAAGGGCUUACAGGUGAUCCUGGAUUUCCAGGACCAAAAGGGUUAGAUGGCAGACCAGGCCUCCUGGGUAUUAAAGGAGAACAGGGUAAUCCAGGAUACGUGGGUGUCCCUGGAUUGCGAGGACCUCCUGGUCCUGGAGGCCCUUUUGGCAUUAAGGGAAAACCAGGACCCUUGGGGUCAGUUGGCCUUACAGGAGCACCAGGGCUUCCUGGAAUCAAAGGCUUGAUGGGGGAUGUAGGUCCACAAGGCCCUGCUGGUAUGAAAGGCUUCCCAGGUCUUGAUGGUGCUCCAGGAUCUCCUGGGGAAAGAGGAUUCUUAGGGCCACCUGGGCCUUUUGGUCAAGAUGGGCGUCCAGGUUUCUCUGGGCCAAAAGGUGAGAAAGGGUCCUCUGGCCUGCUUGGUUUCCCUGGCAUGCCAGGCCUGCCUGGUGUCCCUGGCGUGAAUGGGUUUAAAGGAACUCCUGGCACAGCUGGAGGAAAAGGGAGCCCUGGAAUUGUAGGACUUCAAGGUCAAAAAGGUGACAGAGGUGAUGUGGGUCCACCUGGUCUUCCAGUCCUUGGGCCUCCAGAGCAGGCACUGCAGUUCAAAGGGGACAAAGGAGAUCCUGGAUUAGCUGGACUUGGAGGGUUCCCUGGGCCUAGAGGUGAUAAAGGAAUCCCAGGAAGCCGUGGACAGCCUGGUCUCCCUGGUCCAAUUGGGUCAGCAAGCAAAGAGAGAGGUCUUCGUGGUGACCUGGGCUUCCCUGGUCCACCUGGGCAGCCUGGGCUGCCAGGACAGAAGGGUACACACGGUAUCACUGGAUUUCCAGGAAUGCCGGGAGAAAGGGGUUCAGAUGGUAUCACAGGAGCACUUGGAUUCCCAGGACCUAUUGGCCUCCCUGGCCCAAAGGGUGACCAGGGAGAGACUGUUGGCAUUCCUGGCAUUGCUGGAGCAAAAGGAGAGCGAGGGGACCCGGGGUUCCCAGGAGAGAGGGGGAGAGAAGGACCCAAGGGUGAACCAGGCUACCCAGGAAAUACUGGGGUGAAUGGACCCAAAGGUGGCCCAGGAGAUCUUGGCCAAGAAGGACCAGCAGGAAUCCCUGGAAAUGCUGGGCCGAGAGGAACCCCUGGGCCACCAGGACCUCCAGGGCAGCCAGGGUCUGUUGGAUUCCCUGGAGCUCGUGGAACAGCAGGACCUAAGGGGUUUCAUGGAUUUCCAGGUUUAAAUGGCCUGAAUGGCUUGCCAGGCACAAAAGGAUCUCCUGGAACACCAGGUCUGAGUGAAGCUGGACUGAAAGGCCCUGCAGGUCUCCCAGGUCCAAAGGGUGAAGAGGGUUCUCCAGGCUUGGGCAGAGGACCUGCAGGAUUCCCUGGACCAAAAGGCUCAUCAGGAGACACGGGUCCCCCCGGUCCUGUGGGACUGCCUGGCUUGCCAGGAGCACCUGGAGCUUCUACUCCUUCUGAUAUACGUGGCAGACCUGGGGAUGCUGGCCAUCCAGGAACUGAUGGGAGCUCAGGUCUUCCAGGUCCUCCAGGCCCACGAGGACCCCCUGGCCCAGCUUCUGACCAAGGUGACACUGGCAACCCAGGUUUCCCUGGUGUUCCUGGCUUGCGAGGCAGUAAGGGCGAUGUGGGACCCCCUGGCCCAAUUGGACUCCCUGGGGCAUCUGGACUCAAAGGUAUAAGAGGUGAGCCUGGCCUUAUGGGGAUGCCAGGUAAAGAUGGGCCUGUGGGGGAUCCUGGUUACCCUGGGCUGAAAGGUGAAAUGGGCCGUCGAGGUCUCCCUGGCCGACAAGGGGCUCCAGGUAUCACCCCACAGCCAGAAGAAGUCACAGCCCCUGCAGGCUUACCUGGUCUGCCAGGAAUUGAUGGUGUGCCUGGCUUUGAUGGAGAUCCUGGAUUCCAGGGCCCAGCUGGAAAACCAGGUGCAAAAGGUUUGCCAGGAAGAUCAGGUUUGAAAGGACGUGAUGGUUUACCUGGAUCACCUGGCACAAUUGGGGAUCCAGGACCUUCGGGUGCCCCAGGCCCACAGGGAUUUGAAGGUGUUGCUGGGAAGCCGGGCUUGCUUGGUUUGCCAGGAAUGCCCGGUCGGAGCGUGGGUGUUGGAUACACGUUAGUGAAGCACAGCCAGUCAGACCAAAUCCCACCUUGUCCCACAGGAAUGAAUAAGCUGUGGGAUGGCUACAGCUUAUUGUACGUGGAGGGGCAGGAAAAGUCACACAACCAGGAUCUUGGUUUUGCUGGCUCGUGCUUGCCUCGCUUCAGCACCAUGCCUUUUAUUUACUGCAACGUCAACGAAGUGUGCUACUACGCCAGCCGCAAUGACAAGUCCUACUGGCUCUCCACCACUGCUCCCAUCCCCAUGAUGCCGGUGGACAGCGGCCAGAUCCCGCAGUACAUCAGCCGCUGCUCUGUGUGUGAGGCACCGUCCCAGGCCGUGGCUGUGCACAGCCAGGACAUCACCAUCCCACAGUGCCCCCUCGGUUGGCGCAGCCUAUGGAUAGGAUACUCCUUCCUUAUGCAUACCGCGGCUGGUGCAGAAGGUGGAGGCCAGUCCCUCGUCUCCCCUGGCUCUUGCCUGGAGGAUUUCCGUGCUACUCCCUUCAUUGAAUGCAACGGGGCGCGGGGAACGUGCCAUUACUUUGCAAACAAGUACAGCUUCUGGCUGACGACGGUUGAGCAGUCGCAGCAGUUUGUCAGUGCUCCUCCCUCAGAAACUCUGAAAGCAGGACAGCUUCGAACGCGGGUCAGCCGCUGCCAAGUGUGCAUGAAGAACUUGUAGUAACCAAAAUGCAGUAACAGCCUUUGUUACCUAAGACUAGCCACCCCUGAAGUGAAGGAGGAUAAGUUCAUAGACCUGUUUGUGUGGGGUUGAUGGGUGAAUCAAGACAGCCAGCAUUCUACAGCAGUCAAGUGUGAAGUCCGGGAGUUUGACUGCACACAGAGGAGGGAAACACCAGUGCUCCGAAACCUCUUUUCUCACGGAAUAUGGUGCUAUGCUUUUACUGCAGUGGGGUUUUCCCCUCAGUUAUGGCUACCUCAGCAAGACUAUGCGCAUUCCUUAUUCAGACUGAAGAGUAGCUGAUGUCUCUCAUUGCACCGCUCCUCUGUCCAAGAGAGACUUCUCAUAGAAUCCUAUGAGCCUUCAAGAUCAUAUGACUUACCAAAAGUUACGCUUUACUGGUGUCUUUGCAAGCAGUAUUUGGUCUAGUGUUAGGGAAUGAAGGCUUAUUCUCCUAUGAAAUACAGAGCUAGCUGCAAUUCAUCCAUGUAUUGCAUGUGACUUAGAAGCACUGAGCAUUAACGGCUGGCAACUGAUUUACUUAGGAUGACUCAAAGAUUAAUCUGGUUUGCUUUGCUUAGUAAACAGAUGAGCUGUUCUUUCCUUCACAGCCAUAGAAAAAGGGGUCCACUCAUGUUUAAUAAAAGGACAGAGGCAGAAAGCCACAAUUUGGUAUACAGUCAAAAUCCUAAACUUAUCUGUAACUCCGAUUGCCUCUAUCAAUAUCUCAAGAUUUUUCUCUCUAUUCUCCUCUGUGUAUUUAAAUACCAUGAAAAUGCUUUAUUGGCAUCAGCCAAUACACUCCUAUCAAUCACUUUACAACACUCUAGUAACAUUUUGGC